AUGGCUUAUCAGAAUUUGCAAGCAUUGAUGCCCACAACAAUGUCAUCCUUUUUCUCGGCCUAUGCCCCCUAUGCUGGUUACGUGUUCAUGCUUCAGGCAUCAUUCAAAUGCUUAAAAUCAAGCAUCAACCACCUCCUAGACUCUGAAGCUAAUCACAUAACUCUCCUCAUCGACAGUUGUGGCCAACGCCGCUCCUCAUCCGUAACGGCUCAGCGUAACCAACUCUAUGAUGCUGCUGAGGUCUACCUCACCUUCAAGAUCAGUCCGAAAACCCUAGUUUUCCAAACCACCAAAACACCUGACCAAAAGACCCCCAGACUUGCUGUUACCACCUCUCAAGAAAUCAACGACACUUUCGAAAACAUUAAAGUGAAGUGGCGCAUGAUCUUCCCUUCCGAUGAUGACCAGGAAUGUGGCGAUGGUGAAGACCAUCACCACAGUACUGAUCAGCGUCCCCGCAUUGAGCUAACAUUCCACAAGAAAUACAAAGACAAGGUGAUGGACUCGUACAUCCCUUAUGUGUUGGCUCAGGCUGCAGACAAGGGUCUGAAGUUUUAUAGUUACAACGUUAAACGUUCCAUUCACAACACCGCUACUACUCGUGGCAAUUGGAGUUGCCUAGAUCUUGAACACCCUGCUACUUUUGAGACAAUAGCGAUGGAGCCGGAGUUGAAGAGGAUGAUCAUAGAGGAUUUGGACAAGUUUGUCAAGGGGAGGGAGUUCUAUAAGAGAGUAGGCAAACCUUGGAAGAGAGGUUACUUGUUGUAUGGUCCACCCGGUACCGGAAAGUCCAGCUUGGUUGCAGCCAUGGCUAAUCAUCUCCGUUUUAAUGUUUACGACUUGGAACUAACAAGUAUUUCCAGCAAUGACGAGUUGAGGAAAGCCUUGAUGUCUACUACAAAUCGUUCUAUUGUGGUGUUUGAGGAUAUUGAUUGCAGCAAGGGAUCCGUAAACCGGGAAUCAGCAGAGAAGAAGCUUAUGGUUUCCGAAGCCAAAUUUACGCUCUCUGGUCUACUGAAUAUUGUCGAUGGUCUCUGGUCAGGGUGUGGAGAUGAGAGGAUUAUCGUGUUCACCACCAACCACAAGGAGCGGAUAGACCCUGCAUUGUUGAGGCCGGGUCGAAUGGACAUGCACAUUAAUAUGUCGUAUUGCACUCCAAGAGGGUUUGAGACCUUAGCCUCAAACUACCUCGGCAUUCAGGACACCAGGGAACAUCACCUGUGUCAAGAAAUUGAAGGUUUGAUGCAGAGCACAAACAUCACCCCUGCAGAGGUUUGCGAGGAGCUUAUGCGAAAUGGGGGUGAUGGUCAUGAUGCUGAUCAUGCUCUUGAAGGUGUUGUCAAUUUACUUAAACGCAAGAGGGCCGAGAGCAAAGUAAUAGUGAUCGCGGAUGAAGGGAACAAGGACACUGAAAUUCCAAAAGCAAAGAGGCAGAAAACAGAGAUUGAAAUUCCAAAAGCAACGGGGCAGCAAAUAGAGAUGACUGAAAUUCCCAUUGCAAAGAGGCAGAAAACAGAGAUUGAAAUUCCAAAAGCAACGAGGCAGCAAAUAGAGAUUACUGAAAUUCCAAAAGCAAAGAGUCAGAGAAUCACUGAUACACCAAAGCCAAGAACAACUGAUAACAACAUGACCAAAUUUUUUAGAAAGCUGGGGAAGAGAUUUGGUAUCUCUCAAGUUGGAAGUGGAAAACGAAGAAGAUAG